AUGAACUUUAUGCAAACUUUAUUUAAAUACUCCCUAAUGAUCCCCUCAAACCUGGAUAGUGGUGCAUGUCCCCUGGGGCAGUUCCCAUGCGGAAAUCUCUCUGUGUGCUUACCUCAACUUCUGCACUGCAAUGGGCACAAAGACUGUGCAAACGGUGCUGAUGAGGAAAACUGCGUGGAUAACCAUGGAUGGCCUAAGCUGUUCGAUACCAUCCAGAGCGCCAGAGGCAAUCAAGCAAACCAAGACGAAGAGACACAUGAAUAUGAAUGUGAACUUGAUAUUUACCCUGAGAACUGUGACUGCAAGAAGCGCUUUGUAAACUGCUCAGGUCGGGAGUUACAGUUUGUCCCUCCAGUGUCCAUCAAUGUGACUGCUCUCGAUCUAAAGGACAAUAAAAUCAAAUUUUUGCCUGAUGAGGUUUUUCGUCAUUAUCAGAACUUGGAGAAACUCCUCCUCCAAAACAACAGACUGCGAGCUAUCUCACGUCUGACAUUCUCAGGACUUUUCAACCUAAAGAUGCUCUUCCUCAGUGACAAUCGGAUCAAGGUCCUGAAGGCUGAUGUGUUCCGAGAUCUUCACUCAUUGGAAUGGCUGAUAUUAGAUAAUAACAGAGUUUCUCAGAUCUUCCCUGGAGCAUUUACGGGUCUGAAUUCUCUGUAUUUCUUGUACAUGCUCAACAAUUCCAUUACUGAAAUUCCAAAUAGUUCCUUAUGCUUAGAAAUGCCUCGUCUUAACUGGUUGGACCUGGAAGGAAAUCAAAUGCAUACCAUCCGUGACUCUGUCUUUCAAGAGUGUAUAACUGUUCUGAUCCUGCGCAGAAACAAAAUAAGCAGAAUUCAACAAGGGGCCUUAACCCAAAUGAACAAACUAGUGGAUCUAGAUCUCUCUGUUAAUCAGAUUGCUGACCUUCCGCCUUCACUGUUCACUAACUCGCAGGAGCUUCAACAGUUGAAUAUUUCUUUCAACCCUCUGAAGCACAUCCCCCACAAUCAGUUUGAUCUUUUGACCGACCUGCAGUCUCUAAUCAUGGAGGAUAUAGAGAUACCAAAUAUCCAUAACCGCAUGUUUUCAAGUCUGGUUAACCUGUCUCACAUAUACUUCAAAAAAUUCCAGUACUGCAGUCAUGCUCCUCAUGUUCGCAGCUGCAAACCCAAUAGUGAUGGCAUCUCUUCCUUUGAGAACAUGUUGGCGAAUAUAUUGCUGCGGGUCUUUGUGUGGGUGAUGGCCUGUGUUACCUGCUUUGGAAACCUGUUUGUGAUCUGCAUGAGGUCCUUCAUAGUCACGGAAAACUGCCAGCAUGCCAUGUCUAUCAAGUCUCUCUGCUGUGCAGACUGCCUGAUGGGCUUCUACCUCUUCUGCCUUGGUGCAUAUGAUAUAAAAUUUCAGGGUGAAUACAACAAACAUGCCCAGGUCUGGAUGGAGAGCAGGGAAUGUAAACUGGUUGGCUCGUUGGCCAUGCUGUCCUCUGAAGUCUCUGUUCUCAUGCUCACAUAUAUGACGCUGGAGAAGUAUCUGUGCAUUGUCUUUCCAUUUAGUCACUUCCGAGCAGGACGCACACAAACUAUAGGAACACUUGCCAUCAUUUGGAGCCUUGGCUUGUUAAUCACCAUCAUUCCUUUCUUCAGUUAUGACACAUUUGGCAAUUUCUAUGGCAGAAAUGGGGUGUGCUUCCCGCUACAGUCAGAUAGCACAGAAAAAUCUGGAGCUCGGGGAUACUCUAUCAGCAUAUUCCUUGGGCUGAAUAUGUCGGCUUUUGUCACCAUCGUCUUUUCCUACAGCAGCAUGUUUUACUCUAUUCACAAGACAGGAGCCAAAACAGCCGAGCGUAGUGUACUCUCCCGAGAGGUGACCAUAGCCAAGAGGUUCUUCUUCAUUGUCUUCACAGAUGCCCUCUGCUGGAUCCCCAUCUUUUUAUUGAAGGCUGUUUCACUAACAGAGGCAGAGAUCCCAGGUACAAUUACCUCCUGGAUUGUGAUCUUCAUUUUGCCAAUUAACAGUGCCCUAAAUCCCAUUCUGUACACGAUGACAACCUCUUCCUUCCAGGAGAAGCUCAAGCAAUGCUUACAAAGUAAAAGACACCAACUGCAGGAGUCUGGGAAAAGCUUUACUUUGGUUUCUAUUCACACCAACACAGCCUGA